AUGCCAAAAUCAAAUUGUGUUAAUAAACUGAAAAAAGAAAUGCAAUAUCACUUUGAUAUGUUUGGACAAACUCCAAAUUUUACAAUACUUGAUAGAAACGAAUAUACUUCAGCCCUUGGGUUCAUCACCUCAAUUGUAAUUGGAAUUUUUUGAGUUUUAUUUUUUUGUUACUGAAAUAUUAUCUAGCCAAUAAUUCUUCAAAAUGAUAACUUUACAUUAGCUAUAUCUAUUGGAGAUCGAUAUUCAGAGCCAUUGAUAGGUAUCGAUAGAUAUUUCUAACUCAAUAUCAGUUAAUGCGAGAGAUAUAGGAUGAAGGAUGAAAAUUCCGAAGAUUCUGAAAACAUUUCUGUUAAUUUAAAGUAAAUAUUUAGUGAUACUAUAAGUUGUACUUAAAUUCCAUACGAACCAUGCAAUAUGUCUCACUUCACAACUAAAAUAUAAAAGAAAUAUUUUUCGAUUAUUAGAAUGGGAGCAAUUUAAUGUAUUAACAGAAAAUAUCUUCAUGAAAAUUCUUUAGUAAUAUAAUAUUAAUAUAUAUCUAAGACUUUGUAAGGUUAAAUUACAUCUUGGUCAUUCAGAUACAUAUCCAUUUAAUUUUCAGCUUGCCAAAAUACAAGUUAAUAAUAAAGUUGUGCACCUUAAGAAGAAAUCGAAUCGGUUUUGCAAUCAGGUCAUUACAAUGUUUAUAAAAGCGAUUAUCUCACUACACUUGAUCAUCCAGAUUAACCUUUUCAUGAAGUCAUUACACUUGAAUUUAGUAGUUUCUCUAUAAGCACUUCUAAGACAAUAUCUUAACGUUAUAAGAUAUCAUAAACAAUUACAGAUCAAGGAUUAAUUUGGGAACAAAUUCAACAUCAAUCAAAUAUUUAAUAAAGUGAAUGGAGAGAAAUAAAUGAAUUUUAUAAUCACCAAUUUUUAAUUGCUCAUUUUAUAAGAUUGGAUUAUAAAUUAACAAAUAACAUUAGAACCUAUGUUAAAUUGUAAACUAUUUUAGGAAAAUUAGGAGGGAUAUUUUAGAUUUUAAUUAUGAUUUUAGUAAUUAUUUUAAGACCUAUAGUUGAAAAUUUUAUGAAAUUAGAAAUGGUGAAUUCUCUUUUCAAUUUUUCUGAUUCAUUUCAAACUUAAUAACAUCCUAAUAUUUCAAAAGAAAAAGAGAUGAAAAUUUAAAUAAACAGAACUCAAAACUAGAAUAAAAACCAGGAUCUCAGUAAAAAUCAAAUAAAUUAUAAAUUAAAUUAAUCUAGUAUUUAAGCUUGGUUGAUGAUUUUUGGAUGCAAUAAAUCUCAAAAACAAAAAUUUAUUUUUGCUAAAAAUAAAGUCAAUAAAAAUCUAGAAAUAGUGAAUAUUUUGAGAAAGCUACAGGAAAUUAAAAUUCUAUAGAAAAUGUUGCUCACAAAUGACUAAUAUAUUUUCUUAAAAAAAUAUAAGAGAAAAAUUGAUCAGAAUGGUUUCUCUAAGACCUGCAUUAAAUAUAAUAGUAUAUAUUAUCUUGCUCUGAUAAUUAAGAUUAAUUCAAUCAGAAGAAUUAAUUAGAAAAUUUUAAUAUAGAUAGAAAAGUUAAUUAAUCUAAGAGCAGAUUGA